UUAAAGACGAACCAAAGGAGAAAAGUAUGAAACAAUAUUUCGAAUUGUAUAAAAUUAAAGAGGGUAAACUAUAUCGAAAAUUAGGGGACAAAAUAGCUUGGGUGGUACCCAAAUCAUGUAGAUGGCAAAUUUGUCGGUUAUGUCAUGACGAGAAUGGUCAUUUUGGAUUGAAAAAAACGCUUAAAAAAAUACAGGAGAGUUAUUGGUUCGCUGGUAUGAGACGUUUUGUGAAGAAAUACGUUGGAGCGUGUUUAAAUUGUCUCUACUAUAAACAGCCAAGUAGAAAGAAACAAGGAUAUCUUCAUCCGAUAGAAAAGGUUCCCAUACCGUUUCACACUAUCCACAUCGAUCAUCUUGGACCAUUUGAAAAGAGUAUCAAAGGGAAUAAAUAUAUUUUUGUUAUUGUUGACGGAUUUACAAAGUUUUGUUUCAUUGAACCCGUAAAGGACACUAGUUCUAAGUUAGUUGUUAAGGCCUUACUUACUAUAAUGUAUAUUUUCAGCACUCCGAAUCGUAUAAUCUCGGAUAGGGGCACUGCGUUUACGUCGGUUAGUUUUAGUAAUUUUUGUAAAGACUAUGGUGUUCGACAUAUUUUAAAUGCUGUCUCCACGCCGCGGGCUAAUGGACAAUGUGAACGCUACAACAGCACAAUUCUCAAUUCUUUGAGAGCUGCAUCGGCAGGCGUUGCUGAAAACAAAUGGGAUACGUUUGUCAAACCGGUGCAAUAUGCGAUGAACACAACUUUUAAUACUGCAACUGGAAUGACUGCAAUGGAGUUAUUGGCUGGAUUCAAGGGACAUAGCCUAUCCGAAGGCAAUGUUUUGAGUGCAGUGAAACGAGAGCUAGAGCGGGGUGACUUGAAGGCACUUAGGAAAUCUGUUGAACACAGAUUGUCUGUAGAGCAGAAAAAGCAGAAAGAGAGGUUUGACAAGGCUAGGAUACAAGCUAAAAAGUAUCUAGUGGAUGAUGUCGUCAUGGUGUUGAAGACGGAUGCACCGUGUACUGGUGCCAGCAGAAAAUUGGUGCCGAAAUAUAAGGGACCUUUUAAAGUGACGAAGGUUCUCUAUAACGAUCGAUACGAGGUUGUUGACCUGAGAGAAAACUACAAGAGAUAUAAGACUGUAGUUGCUGCAGAUAAGAUGAAACCAUGGAUCUUACUACGUGAUGCUGAUUUUUCUGGGUCUGAGGACAGACACAGCAGCAGGAUGGCCGAAUGUGAUGAAUCUUCAAACUAGAAAUACAUUCUUGAUGCGCCACUGGUACUACCGUGUAGCCAAGGGACAAGGAAUGCGGGCGGUGGUGUCGGACGAGAGAGGCGCGGGGAGAGGAGAACGCAAAAAAAGGAGAAGAGCCUGGUUUUUACGACCGAUGUGCGAGGUAUUUUUGGACAGAAUAUUUUGGAAAGGAAAAUAGAGUACAUGAUUAUUGAUCCCGGACGUUUUAUUUUUGACACAAGUGGC